UUUACCACCCAUCCGUCAAGUGUUUCACUCCACGAGUUGUGUAUACGGUUUGAUGAACAAAUUCUAAUCAAUAUUAGUAGUUUUUCUGCAUUUUGUCGCAUAAUUUAUCGUCAAAUCAUAGAAAAAUGAAGCUAUUGACUUACAAUUUCCUAACAUCUAAGUGCAUUCGCGGCGUGAAAGUUGGUUACCCUUUAAAAUUGAACAUCGCUGAGAAAAAAAUUGUUUCGUCGGAUUUCAACUCGGAGUUCAUCUCGCGGAUGAUCCCACGCUUGGAUUGGGAAGCGAUAAAAUUGGCCGCUACUCACGUGGGUGCCGACCUGCCGGCCACCAUUCCGGAGGAUAUUUCUUCGGACACCGAAACCCUACAGAAGCUGCACCACGUCCUGAUGGAGGUAGACGUGGUCGAGGGUACAUUGGAGUGUCCGGAAACAGGGCGGAUUUUCCCCAUAACGGACGGCAUUCCCAACAUGCUACUAAACGAGGACGAGGUCUAGGCUUUUGAAUAAAGAAAUAAGCAGUACAUUAUCGGUUCAAUUACAGUACAUAUACGACUCUCUCUAUUCCAUUGUACAAAUCGGUAACCAUUAGUGAAAUACCUUAUUGUUUUGUCAAGUGCCUCGUUCUGCUAAGUAUUUUCGGUUAUCAUAUAUUAUAGGCUUCGGUUAUAAUUUGACUAUUAUGAGAUUCUAGCUCGUUAAGACGGUGGACGCAAUGGUGUAAUUUUCUCCCGGUUCGAUUGGUUUCUUCCAAUGGGGACGUUGAACAAUGAUUAUUUUCAGAGUUGCAGGCGCAUACGAGGGAGAUUUUUUUUUCACUUUUGGGACGAUUUAGGUACAUUUCGAUCUUUCAUAUUUAGAAUUGAAACGAUUUCUGACAUCUUGCUCGACGUUUGCAGAAUUGUAGGGCGAUUCGUUUCAUGUCGGUUAUUAUCACAUUUAAUUCAACAUUUUUUAUCAUGUAGUUCGAUUGUUUUGGAAUACGUUUGAAUAGCAUUUGCUUAAAUACGAUGAUUACACUUGGUAUAUAGAAUACCUACAGAAAUCGCGCAUUUUGUCCUAACAGAUUAUUGGUAUGCUAUUUGCGGCUAGAUAUUUGAAUAGCUCUAAUCAUUGUCUAGAUUAAAUUGGUGAAUUAAAUCUAUUGAAAUAAUCUGCUA